AUGUCAAUGGAACCAUGGCGGAAACGGGGGUUUGUCCCGGACUCCGAUGAGGAGGACGAAUUCGACUCUCUAGAAGCCCGACUUGCCCCUGCCGGCGAAGUGGACGAAGCAAACGAUGUGAUCGACCUCGAAUACAUCCCUCUCCCUCCGUCGAUUUCGAGACCCAUAGCCGAGGAAGCUGUGAAUGAGUAUCCCGACAUCAACAAUGACUACGGUUCGACAACGCUCUCGGACAUUGGAGAUUCCAGUGGUGUCUCCGACAAAGACAAAAAUGGACAUGGCAUGGACUCUACAGUUGGCGAUGAUCAAUGCAACAAUCCGAGUACAGAGGCUGUACCGGCCGCCAUUGAAACAAAGAAUCGCUCAGCAAGCCCUUCCCUGGGAGAACAAACACCAAAACCACGGCCAGGACGCAGAACAUAUGGGAAACGGGCAUCACCAAGACGAACACCGAGCUCUCUUGCCAAGGAACCCCAAAGCACAACAAAAGAUCCGGAUGACAAGAUAUGGGAUAUUCCUAGUUCGCCGAUAGAAAUCGCCAGGCUUGGAAGGAGAUCACGAAGCCACGAGUCCACGCCAAAAUCUCCUACACCCAAACAGCCUUCACAAUCUAAAGUUACUAUACGGCCCCAUACAAAGGAAUCGCGAAAUCAGCCAGAGCUCAUCGAUACGUUCUUGUCCCGAAGUUCUUCGCCCGAUGAGUUGAAUGUGGUUACAGAGCCCCCAGGACCAACAAAGCGCACCGAGGAUGUCAACACCCAAGAUAAUCCACAGCAAGAAGGCUCGGAAGACGAUUCUCCAUUAUCAUCGCCUCCGUCAUCCCUUCAUUCUCCUCCUGGAGAUGAUCCAGGGGUGCCGGAAAGAGUCCCAAUAAUGAAGCCACAAGGAGAUAUCGAUGAGAGCCUGACGAAUCUCGAUGUUCCGCCAGAACUUCUACAGCAAUUAUCUCAACCAGCGCGAAGGUCAUUCCGGGAGCGCAAUGCAAUCCAGCUGCACCCCUAUGCCCUCGAACUCGCCAAGUAUCAACGACUAAUGAGGGAAAGAGGCAUGAAGCCCAUUCGACCGCCUGCAGAGGCACAACAGCAUUAUGCCCCAGAAACCACGGACGAAAGCCAGGAGCAAGAUGCUUUCAACCCUGAUGCACCUCUCUCCAGUCCACCGCCAGAAGAGUUUCUAAGGCCUGAACGACAAAGAGAACGGGACUCGACUGGGCAAGAAAUUCGACAUCGUGACCAGCGGGGCUCUCUGUCCCAACGAACGCAGUCGCACAAACGACGCAAGAGAUCACACUUGGUGGUUUCGCCAAAUCACAAGGGUAGCUCGAAUGCUCGUACCAGACCUCAAGUGGUGAUUCAGAAUACUACGCCGCCGAAUGGCCGCGUGGAUCUUUCUCUUUUCGAUGUUCCGUCCAGUCCGCCGGAUUCGUCUGCUUCAAGGACUCCUCGUGCUUCGGAUGUCUUCCGCUUUCCUCCAGGAUUCACACCACCGCCGACUAAAUCUAACGGCGAUUAUUCAAAGACAGCAACGCCGGGGUUAGAUGAACCUACCACAGAAGAACAAUCUGGCUUGGUCAUCGAUUCCGAUGAGUCGGCAGAUUCCGAUGCCUCGCAAAGCUCUGCAGAACCUGAUGAAAACAGUGAAGAUAGUAUAAAUCGGCUUAUGCAGCGACGUAUUCGAGGCGUUCUUCCUGCUUCUUGGGUUCGUAUCGAUGCAGAGCAGAGACUCAAGCAACAGAAGGCCGCUCAACAAAAUCGGCAUGCUGCCCAGCGAGCAGAUGGUAAAGGGAUUGCCAAGAAGAUUGUCCGGAAACCAGGACAGUCAAAUCUUCAGCAAGGUCUGAUCGACCUCGGAGAUUCCGAUGAGAGUAAUGAAGAGAAUCAACCUCCAUUUGCCCACAAUAUCGAGGAGGACGCCGAACAGCGGGCAGCUACGCCCAUGGGAUUCGACCGAGAUGGAGACAUACUUGAGGACAAUCGAAUCGACUACAUGCUUCCGACAGUUCCCCACGCACCCCGCGAGAAACGGAAGAACUUGAAACGUGUCCAUUCGAAAGAAGAUCCCCGUCAGAUGGAGAGACGGUUGAAGAAAGCUCGCUUAAAACGACAAACCAGGCUCACGGAUGCUUCAUAUGGAGGACACCGAACGAAAAAGAAACGUACAGCGUCAGUCCCAAGAUUGGGAAUUUUGGAUGCCCCCGAUGUGGCAUCCAAACCCCGCAAAAAACAGCCUCAAUUCCUCAGAAUCGCGGCCAGGGGAGCUCGUUCACGCCGGGAUGGAGGGAGGCAAAGUCCAACGCGCAAGUUCUUGCAAUUAGGAUCGAAAGACGAUACUGCAGAUGCGAAUGAAUCUCUGCGAAACUGGAGAAAAGGAGCAAUCAAACAGACCAAAAUUGCUCGUCCUCAAUCCAAGCCUCGUAAAAGCCAGUCAGUUGCUAAACCUUCGGCUGUUCGACAGGCUGCACCAGCUACUCGGAAUUCUCGAAUUUCUAAUCACUUUGCUGCCACAGAACCAGUUCAGGUUCCUGAUGAUGACAAUUUGCCUUUGCCAGAUCAUCCCUCAACUGGUGAUGAUUAUGUGCCCGCAGCUCCACCGGACAGAAGCCCGGACGCAGAGCGCUCCGCGCAAGCAGAGAGACAAGGCCAUCAAUGGAUCGUUCGUCGGAACGUUGCAAUAUCAUCUUUGCAGCGAAACACUCUUCGUCCUGCUGCGACCAGCCUGGCAGGGCCUAAUCAAAUCCAGGCUGCGAGCCGAGCCGUAUUCGGUCGCUCUCUGACUUUGCUUAAUCGCGACUUCCAAAGACAGGCAUCCCAAGCCUUGAAGCCAAGUCUGACUCUUGAUCGGUACAUUUCAGACACUGGAUCCGCGGGUCCUCCCAUUCAUACUCCUUCAUCAACUGCUGCUGCUCCAGGGAAUCCGGCCAGCAAAGCUCCGAAUACCGAAUAUCGUCAAAGUCGUGUCCGCUUGAAGAAACGCCAACCCAACCAUAUCAACCUUGACGCAGAUGAGUUCGUUCAAAAUCAAGAAAUCAUUGCAGCGGUCUCCGACGACUCGGAUUCGCUCCCUGCAAUUAACGCAGCGCCGGCGCGGCCUUCAUCUUUCAGUUUUGGCGGACUGUUCAAUUGGCAACGCUCAUACUCAGUCGAUUUUGGGGUAGCGCCAUUACGUGACGGAACAUUCUUCCAUGAAUCUACAUUCAUUGGAAGUGGCGAGUUAUCUCGCUCGCUGCAUAUUUCAAAGCGGGAUCUGGACCAAGAGGCUGGCUUCUCUUCAAUCCCCAUCAGAGACCGGACUUUGCAAUGCGGUGCCUGGAACGAGAAAGUCUCUUCAGAAAUGGGAUGUUUGUUCGAUAUGAUUGUCGAUAGCGUUGAAAAAAGCGCUACCGCUGCUCCAGAGACGAGGACUGACCUGACUUCUGCGUCGCUCGCAUAUCGAUCCUUGAUCAACUAUGUGACGGAGCACUUGACAUUCAUCGACCCUGUCGACCGGACAGGCUUUGUCAGUCGUGUAACGGGGCUGCUUUUCCGACUUAGGGAUCCGCUGGCGGCUUUCAUCACCAACGGCGACUACAACAAAUAUGGCCUCGUGAGGUUUGCAUACUACAAUCUUGUGUUUGCAAAUCAGAUCCGUCAGAUCGCUUCCCACAGCCUUGUCAGCUCUGCCCUGGCCGAUGAUGCUUUAGAGCUCGUCAAGACAUCUGCCAAGGAUACCCUUGCAUUGGUCCUCGGUGAAGCUGGGAUAGCUGAAUUGCAUCGAUUGUUUGAAGAAACCAAGAAAGAGGAGCGACGUGAAAUAGGGAUUCGCGAAGAAUUUCCUUCGGCGGAAGCUUACGUCGUCGUUCAGCAACUCCUGCACAGCUCAGAUGCAUUCAUUGGCAUUCUGGACGACAUCCAGCUCGAGACUUGCACCAAGGGCAUCGUUCGCAACCAGAAAGAUGUUGUCAACCUGGAGACAGCAUGGCGUUGCUUGUUCACUCCAUUACCGCUUCAUGAGAUCGAUCAUCAUGGUAUUGCGCGUCGUGAAUUCCGGUUCAAGGCGACACACGACAAUUGGGAUCUUGUUAAAAGGCUUCUGUCUCCUGCGUUAGACAAUUACGACACCAAUUCUGCGGUGCAGCCUAUUUCAUAUAAUGCCUACUGUCGAACGCUUUUUCAACGAUGUCAUCGUCUGAUCAAUAUGUGGGGCUGGAGGGAAUGCAGGCCAGUCCUCGACACACUAUACGACUUCUUCGCACAAAAGACCUUUUACAACUUAAAACUCGAGGAAAGCCGCGGUUCGCCUGCCUUCCUCGAUGAGCUUGAUCAGAACCCUUCUUUGGACGCCCGAGCUGGUGAGCCAUGCUUCCAUACACUGCUCAAAAUUAUAGCGAGCGGCCUUCGCUUCUUGUCUAAGCGGUACGACAACAAAAAGAUUCGAAACUUCGCCUGGCGUCUGCUACCCAACCACGGCCGUGUAUAUCCAAAAGAGAAGCCUCUUCGUCACGAAGACCUGGAUGCGCUGAGAAACCACCACGAUCUCCUUUGCACCCUGUACUGGGCUGUUCCUGACGGAUGCCGGCCGAGAUUGGAGACUAUCCGCAAUCUUGUCCAUCCAGCCAGCUCUCAUCGUGAAACGUGCAGCAUCAACAUCCGGUCCUGGGCAAGGCUUGUUCGGUUUAAGCUCUCAACUAAGGAGGAUCUAGCGGGGCUGGAUCCGUUCGCCGACUGGCACAGUUAUUUCAUGACCGAGCUUCGGCUACAGCACGGACUUGCCCGCAAGGAAAUCGAGACGCAAAGCAAAGGCGAUGAACGGGUUUCCCAGCAGCUUGUCGAAAGUGCCAUUUCCCAGAACCAGCGGCAAAUCGAAAGUUUGUUGAGCAUGGCACUUGGCGGGAUGCAGACUGCUGUUGAGCUGGCGCCAUCCAUGGACCAUGCGUACCGGCUGAUCUCCAAGACUCCUUUCGAUUCCAUUAUGGGUUUGUUUAACCCGAAACUCGCGCGUGUGAAUGUUGUCGUGGCGCAAGCUCUGCAAGUAAUUGUGGCCUACUCUCAGAAAGACAGUGUUGCUUCUUCCCUGCCUCCUGCGCCAGCAGGCCCCGGGGUUGCAGCAAGCGCCGACGAGGAUAGUCAAGAGUUCGGCUUUGGUGAUUGCGACUGGGCUGAUAUCGAUGCGGCGCUGGUUCAGCAAAAUCCUCCUCCGCGGGAAACCAUCGAGCAUGUACAGAAAGCCCUUCAUCCAGUUGUGUCCCGCCUAAUUUCCAACUGCUUUGGCGCGGAUCAUUGCCCGGAGGAUGCCAUUCUAAAGAGCGCCCUUGAGUGCUGGACAUCUGUCGCCCAGGUCCUUGUUCGCAACGGACUUAAACACUGGGACAACUACCUCAGUCAAUUCGGCGACGAGUCUUGGACGAGACUUCGAAACACGCUACAAACUAGAAAGUUUGCACCGCAAUUUGUCGCUCUCUGCAUCGAAAAGGACGGACAUAUUCUGACCGACUGUCGAAUCAUGGCCAUGAGCAUAUGGAUUUCAUCUCUGGUUGAACGAUCCUCAAUGCUCAAAUUCCAACACCGUCUCACCGAAGCGCUUAUGAAUGGAAGCCCUCAUGAUCCGCUGCUCCAAAAUCUUCCUUUCACGAAGGACAAAAAGAGUGAGCGGUACACAAUUACACUGGAAGAGCUUAGCCAGCGUCGGUUGUCACUUAUCUCAAGUGUGCUGUCAAACAUGCGCGAACAUGUCCUUCACUUGGAAGAGUCCGAGAGUCGGGAUCUGAACGUUACGAAGCACGAUUAUUCCGAUUUACUUCAGCGAAUGAUGGCAUCCAUGAAAGACAAUUACCGAGAGCUUGGUAAUGGAGCUGCCGAGUCUGCCCAGGGUGCUUAUGUCGACUUUGUCCAUCGAAUUAUCAGGUUCCUUCAAGAGCUCACAAGUGACAUCCGGCCUGUCGACCCCUUCUUCACGGACCCAGCGCUGUUCCCUCUGCCGUGCACAGACCCGGGGUAUAUUGUUGCAAAGUUGAAGCGAUACGAACCGAAGCUCUUUUUGAACAAGGAGGUUAACGCUCUGACUGGGUUCAUCCAAGGCAUUGCCGAGAGGGCACUUGUCGGGGGCGAACAAAGCCAUCUGGCCCACCAGUUGUACAUGGCGAUGAAAGACACAUAUGAAGCCGGGCGACCCGACAAGCCCACGCUUCGAGCUGUUCUCCUGCAAUGUGUGUUCCCUGCAUACCUUGAACUAUCAUUCAGCAGCUCUGCUGCGUGGCUUUUGAGUCGUCCUGUCAUCCUGAGCAUCUCAUUUGUGUUCAAGGACUUGCUGUUCAAGCUCGACGCCACAGACCCAGCUUGUGUCUCUUCUUUGUUGAGGAUUUUCGAAGCGGUUCUCCAGUCAUCCUAUCGUGCGCUUCGGCCACUUUCCAACAGACUGACUAGGUUCAAGGACCCUACCGUUCUAGCCAUGACCGCCGCUUUCAUCGAGAUGAUAUCUGCUUCUCUUCUUGUGGUAGACUACAUCGACCGUGUCACUGAAUCUGCCGAUGGACUCGUCUUCUACGUCCAAUGGUUCCGAGACUUUGCCGUGGCUGUGACCUCAUAUUUGACGAAUUCCGCUGCAAGUACAGGGUCCGAUGAAUUCUCACCACCCAAGCUCCAAUCGAAUACCUCGACGACGGAGAUGCCCCAGCAACUGGCCGCAGCUCGCCGCCAGGCAUUCGAUGACCACCAGUCCUAUCUUCGAAACUGGUCCUUCCAUGGUGGGAAAUACUACUACACCCGACCCGGUCACGACUCCAAGGAAAUCAUGCCUGAAGCCGAUAUUGCAGCACUGGUGGAGAAUGAAUCUGUAGCAAGAAAAGUCCUUGAGAACGCUACUGCAGAAAUGACGGAGAGUGUGGAACGGUUAGGGUUGCUCCCACCUUAUGAGGGGGCGAGUAUUGAGUCUCAUGGAGGAAUCGGGGAUGAGUCUACUUUGUCUUCUAUACACGGUUGUCUGCGAGAGCAGUGA